CAAAAUGUCACAAGACGAUGGAUGAAGAGAAGAGUGGAAUUUUAAAAUGCUUCAUUUACAAAUUCAAACAACAUGUCGAUCUCAGUUCUGUGAGUGAAACAUAUCCAUGUGUAAGAUGUAGGCUGUUGGCAUUGGUGCACAAUGACUGCACUCUACAGUUAGUGCAUUUGGACCCAAAAAUAAACACCGGGGUUCCCUCCCUCCAAAAUAUCAAAAGCUUCACAUGGAGGAAACUAAAGGCAGUUGACAGUACUGUAAGAGAUGGACUCCAGUUUGCAGUUAUCACAGGGAACAACACUCUGGUAUCUUAUAGGAUUACUGGGGACCCACUGAAGGCUGAUCCUAGAGAUUCCUACAACCUGACAGAGGCAUUGAUAGGAGCAGGUUUAUUAAAAGAGAACCAAUCUCUGAAACUGUUAGACUUGUCACAGCAGCAUGUUGUUUUGGAAACAGAAGGAUUAAUAGCAGGUCUGUCCCUGACCUUGAGUGAGGUGAAGGUCAUCUACAAGAUUCCUUACGAUUCCCUGUAUCAGAUCUGCUCAGACAUUCUGAUUAAAUUCAACACUAAACAACUUGAGUUUUCAUUUCAUGAUCUGAAGUCUGGAGUGCUCGUUCUGAGACUUGAUCUCAGUCAGUUUUUUCUCCAACAUAAACAGCCACUGUUCUGGAAGUUCUCGGAUGACCUGGAAAGGUUGGUCGUCUUGGAUACGGAUCGAGUUCUUUGGGUUUUAAAUGUGAAUGAGUACACUUCUGUGAAAGAAAACACAGUGAAAGUAGAACAUGAGAGUGUGGACAAGUUACAGGGGGAUGGAGAAUUUGUCAGUUACUCAGCCAGUAAGAUGGGAGAUGAGGCAUGGAGGGAAAAACUCAAGUUCCUGUUCAACAAAUACCACCAAGGAAGAUGCUCUAACCAAUGGCACACACCGCAAAAAAUGGCAACCAAAAUUUCAAUUACUACAGCAACGAAACACAAAUCCAAAAAACACAGAGUUUCAGGUUUUCAGAAGGAGAAAGAGGGAGCAGACCCAGAGGAUAGUUACAUAGAGAGUAAGGUGGUACUACCAGCUCUAGACACCACUUCCUGUCAUGUGACCGACUUGAUGUUCUACCAUUCUGUAGUGUCCAUUAGGUGGAAGAUGAGGGAUCAAGUGUUGUUGAUGAUCUGUAAUUAUAAAUCUGGAGCCAUCCUGCAAGAGAGGCUCUCACCCUCAGAGCACCUGGUCCUGUCCAUGGAGCCGGACAACCCCCACCUUGUCCUGACCCCCACCCAUCUCACCUGUGUGGUGGUGGACGGUUCCCUACAGCAGGAGGAUGUGGUCAGUAAGACAAUGAUGUAUGCCGGGGCCAGUAUUGCUGACUCUCUGUGUCACAUCAACCACUGGGGGAGGUGCUCGGUCCCCAUCAACACGCUGGACAUUGGACUCAAACACAGACAGCUCGACACCGUCUCUUUCUUCCUGAAGAGCAAAGAAAACAUGUUUUCCCAAGAAGAUUCAGAUGACCCAAGUUCCCCACCCCGAAACACCACCCCUCCCUCCUGGACCACUACAGGCAGUCACCAUGACAACCUGAUGCAGCUGGAGCCGGCCUUGACCCUGCUGAUACAGACAAUGGCAGACAGUGCCACUGACAGACAGUCUGUCAGCUUCGCACAGAAACUGGCCGACCUGACUCUCAACUUCUUGUACUGCCUGCUGAAAGAUGUCGUACAUUUGACCGAAACAGCCAAAGUCAAGGAAAAUAAAGAUGGGGAGCUAGCUGACCUGGAGGCUGUGACAGACACUCUGCUGUCCUUUAUAUCAGAGGCAAGGAAGUCUGUCAGGCAGGCGGGAGGCCAAGACUUCAGUACCAAGAGAGCAGAGAGUCUUAUAGAAAGGAAAGGAACUGCACGACAAAUUUCAAAGGAGGAACCAGAAGCAAAGGAGCAUACGGAGAAGGAGGAUAUGUUGAGUGCACUGUUGAGCAACACUGUCCCAGAGCUUCAGACCAAACUGUGUGCUGCAGGAAUGUCCAGCAUGGCGGCCAUGGACAGGAUCUAUCAACUGGGGAUGAGGCAGGCUCACUGGUGUCUCUGUAAGAGAGAGGCCCAGCCUGCAGUUGUUAUACUGGCCAAUCUGGGACUUGAUGUGGACAAACAAUUGUGGGAAAUAGCAUCCUUGACCCUUGAUCCUGAUAUCAGACAGUUUAUCCUUGAGGAAUGUCUAAGCUAUUCCUUAACAUCUCAACAGGCAAGUGAUGUCAACUUCCUAAAACAACUGGAGAAGGCCACGAUAGAGAAACACCAAAGCAUGAAAUCAACACCAGAGAAGAAUUUGAGUGUGCAACAGCAAGAAAUGGAGUCCAUCAUACAAGAAGGGAAGAAUGCAAAAUGGCCUCUGUCGACAGAAGUUAGCUCCCCGAGUGUUCUUCUGGACUGGGUGCAGCACUGGGGCCAGGACUCAAGGGAGCUUAUUCUGUUGGAGGCUGGAGCCAAAGAUGAGAAGGAUGUAGAGGCAGAGCUGUACCUGGAGUAUUUGCUGAGGAAUAACAGUAGAGAGAGACUGGUACAGUGGAUCAGGACCCGGGGCUCAGAGCACGGGGAGGUCCUACACAGGCUCCUGGGGGGCAGUGACAGCCUCUGUACACAGCUCACAAGGCAACUGAUGAUCACAGAACUAUUUAGACUUGGGAUUUAUGGAGAGAUAACCGACACCACAGCCUUUCUACAGAACUUGAGGUCUGUUGGCGGACCUUUAGUUCGGGAUAUCCCAGGAUUCCAUGCUUCAUUCAUCUCCUUCUGUAUCAGAGAGAAUCUACCAGACGUUCUGUGGCAUUACUGUACAGAUCACAAUAUUGCAGUAGAUAUGCUGCAGGAAUCUGUGAUCACUCAGGGAUGUAAGGCAGACUGGAUGGACAUGUUUGUCAGCUUUUAUGAUCUCGCUCAAAGAAAAACCACUGAGUGCGAAGCUAUGGAUGUGUAUAAUCUAAGCCUGUCAAAUGCAGCAUGGAGCUAUAGUAUAGAGGCUCCCUCUAUAGUCAAACUGUUGAAUCAAGGGCAGACAAUUACAGCUGUAGCUACUUUGAUGUACUCACCUGUUACCCUACAACAGAUUGUGUCAGGAAGCUUGGCAGAGGGUGAGCUGAAGGAAAUAGAGGAGAAGUUGUUGGAAUAUCCCAAACUUCACGGGACAUUCUUCUCCGUGUCUUCCCGAGAAAUCCCGACCAAUGACAUCACAAUCUACCAACUACUCAAGAAUAACGCUGCAUUUGAUCCAAGUAGAUUAUUUGGUUGGCAAGCGCUCAAUACCCUAUACAGCGGUGAAGAGAGUAUGAAACAUCUGCCUAGUUUUUCACAGCCUGACUGGGUGACUCGAUUUGGAUACACAGAGAGAAUUCGAUACACCUACUACCUCAAGCAGGGGAGGCCAGCCUUUGCCUUCUUGUCUUUCCUGUCAGAGGAGAUAGACUCUGUGUCCGCGGAGGUGUGUCCUCAAAGGUUGACGGAGGCUGGUAACACCGCCGCUUGGAUCGGUCUGCGUAACUACCACAACUCCCAGGUGGCGUGUUCCUGUGUGGCUUUUAUUGAGAUGCUGGGUCAGGAUUCCCUGGUCCUACGUACCCUGUUACAGGCCGGACAGGAAGUACUCUUCCAUCUGAACGGGAACCUGACGACAGCAGGGGAUCAAAGGCGGGAGCAGGCCAAGAAAAACGAUGAACUCAUAGUGUCCUGGCUGUGUGCCUGCUUGGUCUACAAGGGUCAGCAUGCUGUGACCUUGCUUCAGCAGUUGGAGGACGCAAUUAGUGGUUCAUUAAAAAAGGACAAUAUUCCCAGCACCAGUUUUGAAGCAGGCCAGAAGUGGACAAUAGCGGUGGUGUUCUGUCAGCUGAUGUCCAUCCCCUGGAGCACCACCUUCCUGGAGACCUGUGCCAAGUCCGACAAAUGGCUGGCCUUCCUGUGGUUCUCCCAGCUCCACCAGUACUCCAAACAACAAUUGCAGCCCCUGCUUUACAAGUUCAGAUGUCGCCACCUACAGCAACAUCUACACUACGUCAUAGAGAACGCCGAGUCCAAGAUGUCGGUGGGAACUCCCUCUCCCUCAAGUCAGGGGAAACAGCACCCCACCAAGGACAUCCGAUCCUCCCUGUACGCCCGGAUUGGGCUCACUAAGGACAGAGACCACAAUGAAGGAAGCAGCAGUGAAGAAGAGGAAGCCAAAGAAAAUGUGACCGACAGGGACAGCUGGCUUCAGCAUUUGAUGAACGUGGACACGGAGUCUAUCCCAGACGACCUGUUCCAGGUGAUCUUCAUUGCCCGGGCCACCCCCUCCCCCUGGCAGGCCCUGUUGGUUUACUCCAUACUGCUGCACAACCCAGUCCUCUCUGUGCUGGCCGCCUGUGAUGAGGAAUCUGAUGUCUUCCCCUGUCUCUGUGGCUGGAUGGUAGCCAUGAUGGACACUGGGUCACAUGAUCAAUUUAUUGAGAAUCAUGGGAAAUCAGUCUGGACCUGGGGAUCUAAACACUUUGACAAAAUCCUGAAUAUCUAUCUGGACCAAAACUGGAUAUCCACAUUUGCAACAGGAUUAAAUAUUUUUCUUCCAGAGUCUCCAUUGCUUCCUUUCUGUAAAUUCUCUGCUGCCCUGAAUGAAAGAAAUGAUUAUAAAGAGUGUAAAGCUUGCUUGGAACAGUUUAAAGAAGCCAUGCAACAGGUCAGUGGGUCAGAAGUGGCUACUGAUCAGCCAUUGUAUGCCACCACCGACUGGCUCCAGCAGAAGACCUACCACAUCAUCCAGCACCAUUUUCACCAUGCCACCACCCUCCACUCCCUGCACCACCUCCUCAGGCUCCUAGACAGCCAGAGCAUCAUCCUUGUUUUCAAGUUUGAUGUGGUUGACUUUGGUCAACUGUCAAGGCUGUUAAACAUCAUUGUCAAUGCCCAUAUACUAGAUGUCAAUUUCAAAAAUCUGGUGUCAGGCAAAGAGGAAGUAUUCCAGCAGGAGUGCAGAAAGGUCAUGGAUUACCUGAUAAACAAGUGCAUGUUUAAAGAGGCCAGGCUGAUUGCUCGGGAGAGUGGGAUCAGUAUGGAUGAUGUCACUAUUGCUGAGAACAAAUGGGAGAAGCAGAAGUUGUCGGUGACCUCUCUGUGGGAGGAUCCAGUGACCCGCAGGAAGUUAUGGACGGCCUGUGAGGACCGCUGUACACACCACAAGGUGGCGCCACUCACCGUGGCUCAAUACUUCCAGAGUGAAGCAGAGCAGACAAGUGACCUGAGUGAGAAGGCGUACCUGUACCAGCUGGGGCAUCAGUGGAUCGAGGGGACGGAGACCAGUUGUAACCAGGAGUUCGGGGACCAGCUAUACAACAAGAUGUGGAGGGCUCGUAUUGAGAAUGCUGUCAACAUUAUUCAGACUGGGCACCUGUCGGGCUCAGUGGAUGUCCCUGAGGACCUGUUCACUCUGCUGGAACUGGACACUGUAGUGGGCAGCCCAUUGCCCACUGAACUCUUAUCUCUGGGCAAAAUCCCCAGCGUGGACAGCUGCCCUAUUGACCUAGCAGAGCAGGAAAUAGAGGCUCUUCAAGAGAUCAUUAACCAGUUAUUAGACAGGGGCUACACCUCCCACUGCUGUCGACUGGCCGCAGAGUUCGGUGUUUACAACAAAAAUCUUGCCAUUGUAGUGACCUGUAUUCGACUGGCGCGAGGGGUGGCCGAUGUGAACAGCCUACCUCCCAACAUCAAAUCUAUCCUGACUGGGUCUCCCUCCAGACAACACAGGCAGUCCAUAGCCUCACCGGUCUCUAUACCCUCUAUAUCCAGUGCUGUGAACAUUGGAUCUUUGGGAGGGAUGAGAACAGACUUCCUGCCUCCGGACAAGGAACAAAUAAUUGUUACUAUGGAAACUCUGGAGAAUGAGAUCAACCAUGGGAAGAAGUGUUGUAAAAGGAUUGUAACCUGUUUCCUAAUGGCCUGUAUUCUAGAGAAGACGUACGAGGAUAUAGUGCCCUGUCAUGAGUUUGAGAUACUGAAGCAGUUACUGAGGUCCCAGUCCGAGCAGAAGUUCCGACUGGCUGCCGACUAUCUGGGUACCUCCAAUCUACAGUCACUGCAGAUAGCAAGUUUCAUCUGUGAUUCCAUUGUUGAAAUUUAUAAAGUCAUGUAUGCAAACAGCUCAGCUGGCAUCAAAAAGGACCAGGCCUCCUUCUUUAACCCCUCAGAGAGGAGUGAGGAGGCGGUCAGCUUUGUCAAGCUGUGUCCCGUGCCCAGCACCCUGGGGGACAAGCUACUGGAGGCCCUGACCUCACUAUCCGGGGACGACCAAGACAUCCCCAAACACAUCCUGGAUAUCCAGACAGAGUUACUGAUCCUGGCACACCUGUGUUACUCCGGGGUGUGUAACAUGGAGGGGAUCUCCAAUGUGCUGAGGGCCGCCCGGGUGAUGACCGUGUGGAUGGAGAAGGAGGGAGAGUUCUCUAACAUGGUGAGGCUUCUGACAGGGAUCGGGCGCUUCAACGAGAUGAUCUACAUAUUCGACUCGCUAAAGCAAAAUGAGCAGUUCGAACUCCUACUGAGGAAAGGAAUUGAGAAGGAAAAGAGUCUGAAGAUGGCCAUUAUAGAUUACUUGAAGCGGUACCACCCACAGGACAAUGAGACCUUUGACAUGGUGGCUCAUAACUUCAUGAUGCACCGCGAGAUCGCUCAUUUGCUGCAGAGCAGAGCACAGCAGAUUCUGGAGACUUUCAGGGAAAUGAACAUAGAUUCCUCUCCUGAAACACAAACAAACUUGCAGUCAGUCGUACAGUUCUACAUGGAUGCUGCAGAGAGCUACUGCAAGGAGGGCUGUAUGAGGAACGCCCAGUCAUGCAUGAAGCAGGCUAGACUGGUGGCCUUACAGUUGCAUUUUAUAAGUGCGGGGGUCAAGGUCAUUCAUAUGUCAGAUGAGGGAGCUGAUCAGUUCAUCAAAUCUCAUCCCCGUUUUUCUGAGGCAUUGAUUGUCAGUGAGAGCUACAACAGGAAGAGCUGCUGGGGGCAUGCUCUGUGUCACAACGUGCUGGUUAAUGGAGAUUUCCGCUACCUUCAGGAAUUAAAGAGAUACGUCAAGUUGACAAACUCCCUCAUACAAGAAGUUGUUAAAAUCUUUAUGGAGGAUCCAAAUCGCAGUGUAAAUCCAAAGAUCCUUGAGAAGUUUAUCGGACACUGCACAGAUCUAAAACUCAAGAUCCAGCUGGCCUCGGACCUGGAUCUGCGCGGCUUUGUGUCGGAGCUACAGAGGCGCGACUGUUCCAGCUAUGUACAGGACAUCAUGGCCAGCUCCUGAUGUGUACACUGAAGGCUUUAAUUCCUGUUAUAGCCUGAUUCAAAAGUUGAACCACAUUGUUUUAGAUGUCUUCCCUUCAUAUUUCAUGAAGAUUUUCGUUACUUGAUAGAUAUAUUAUAUAUCAAGCAUAUUAUUUUGUUCUUGUUAUAUAUCUGUCAAUCUUAUAAAGAUAACAGAUUUAAAUAAGGUAGAAAGAUGACUUUGAUAUAUAGUUACAACUCAGGACAUAAAUUUAACACUUGCCAAAUGCAAGUAAAAUGUAAUGUUUUUUACUGUUGACAAUGCAGUCAGUGCUACAAUUAUGGAAGUGUUCAUCGACUGAUGAUUUAAAGAUUUGAUUUACAUAGUUAUCUUUUAUAUAUGUACAAAAGAUACCUCUUAGAGAGAUACAGAACGACUGGCAAUACACUUUGUUAGUGAUGGGCAUUGAGAUACAGUUGUCAGGUGUGCAAUAUACAGAUUAAUAAUGUAUAUUUUCAUUAAGGAUGCCAUAGACUGACGAAUUAAUUUUUCAUUCACAAUAAAUACUUUUUAAUAUUGGAAA